AUGCUGGAGGUAUUUGACAGCAGCAUGCAGGGCAGCAAGCUCUGCGCUGUUGAUGUUGCCAUGUGGAACUCUUUGAAUUUGAUUAUGGUUUUCAUGGCCGGAAUGACAACGGUCCCUGAAGAGCUGAAGUCAAAGAUUAUGAUGACUCGGAUAACGCAUUGCUUGCCAUUCGUACUUCUGUUUGUGUGUCUCUCACAUUCUGGGGACAUCGAGGAAGAAGGCAGUGCAAGCGUGCCUUUCGAAGAGGACGAACAGUAUUUUUGCUAUCAGAAUGUAACUGAUGCUGCGAAUAUUAACGGGAAAAUCUACGUCAAGAUACAGAACUUCCAAGGCAUAUUUCCACCCAAGUGUGAUAGCGCCGAGCGUGUGCAGAAAAUAGACGACACGCAUUACAUUUUCACUUUGGCGGCGGAAAUCCCCAAAGUACCCAAAGUGCUAGUGAAGUUCAACACAUCGGUGGUUCUUUCAAAGACUGGAAACCACACGGACUACAAUGCUAUGACCUAUAGAUAUACAACGCUGGAGCCACCAAUGCUCAGGAAGCUGAUGUACUUAUCUCCAAACAAAACGUGUAUGAUAUUUGCGGAAAACCGAAAUUCGAGUGAAAAUGCACAAUGUCAGCUAUUUCAGCCGGCAGAAUUCGCCAACGAUACCAUUCCUGCGGAUUGCGCUCAAGUCUACAGAGCUAACUGUCCUGGACCAUCGAACUUCACAGUGUACAAUCCAGAGUGUCAAAGUUUGCGUGAAAUACCAGUUCAGGCUUUGAUGCAAAACAAGACUACUACUUCCGCUCCUGAGGAGUGUUGAUUUAGGGUAAAUAAAGAGCUCUGAAUUGA